UUUUUUUCCUUUUUUGACAUCAUAUGCAACCAUUCAUAAAUAAUUAAAGUUACAUUUUUACUUGAAUCUUACAGGGAAAGAGGAUGCCAAUAAGAACAGUCUGGAAAACUGAGAAUAACAAGCAACUUUGAAAAGGAAAACAAAUCAAGCCAGAAAUCAAAAUAUUUUCCAUUUCCUACAGAAACCACACAAUUCUUCUGCUUCCCUAGUAGGUGAGCAGCAAAGGAGAAGAAAUUAGCCAGAGAGAUUGAGCAGAAAAAUGUGGAGUGUGUGGAACUUAAAGAUACAUUUCAUGAAAAGUCAAGGGAGAUUAUUUUUCCAUUCAGAAAAAGAGGGCAAUGUCAGGAUGUCAGUGGGGAGGAAAAGGUCAAUUGAACAGCCGCAUAGGGCAGACAGUGAAGCAGACAUCACCCUAUAAGGAAGGGAACAGUAGCUGCAAUCAAAGCACAACUAAACAAGGUAUCACACAUGGUGGGAAAGUUCCACCGAUAUGCAUAUUGUGGGGAAAAAUACAGACUCCAAAUCAUGGCUGAUUAUGCAGAAAAUGAUUAACAUGAUUAACAUUGAAUUCACAAACACUCUGAAUGUGGGAAAAGCUUUGAUCAAAACAGCCCCUUGUGCUUGAUGGAAGGACUCAUACAGGAAUGGAGCUUUAACAUGCAUGCCAACUUGGUGAAACACCAGAUAAUUUAUAUUGGGCAGAAAUCACAUAAGUAUCUAAAUUGUGGGGAAAGUUUCAGUCAGAAUUCCCACCAGAGGACUCACAUAGUAAAGAAAUCAGAUUGUGACAAAAGUCUAAUUAGAAAAUUUCACCUCACAAGAUACCAAACCCUCUGAAUGUCCCGAUUGUGGGAAAUGUUUCAACUGAAAUUAUGACCUGGUGAUACGCCAAAUGAUGCACACAGGAGAGAAGUUGCAUGACUGCCCAGAUUGUGGGAAAAGUUUUAUUCAAAAAUCCCAUUUAGUGAAUCACCAAAGGAUUCACACAGGAGAGAAACCUUAUGAGUGUCCAGAUUGUGGUAAAUGUUUCAGUCAAAAAUCCCAUUUAGGGAAUCAUCUGAGGACUCACACAGGACAGAAAUCAUUUGCAUGUCCUGAUUGUGGAAAAAGUUUCAAUAGAAAAUUCCACCUCACGAGACACCUAAGGUCACACACAGGAGACAAACCCUUUGAAUGUCAUGACUGUGGGAAAGGUUUCAGUCACAAUUCCAGCCUCAUGAAACAUCUGAGCACUCACACAGGAGAAAAACCCUUUGAAUGUCCUGAUUGUGGGAAAAGUUUCAGUCAGAAUUAUGACCUCGUAAUGCACCAGAGGACUCACACAGGAGAGAAACUGCACCAGUGCCCAGAUUGUGGGAAAUGUUUCAUUUAUCAAUCCCAUCUAGUGAGUCACCAGAGGACUCACACAGGAGAGAAACCGUAUGAGUGUCUGGUUUGUGGGAAAAGCUUCAGUCAGAAUUCCCACCUGGUGAAUCACCAGAGGACUCACACAGGAGAGAAACCCUAUGAAUGUCCUGAUUGUGGGAAACGUUUCAGUCACAAAUCUCAUCUAGUGAAUCACCAGAGGACUCAUACAGGAGAGAAACCCUUUGAAUGUCCUGAUUGUGGCAAAAGUUUCACUCAGAAUUCCAACCUGGUGAACCACCAGAGGAUUCACACAGGAGAGAAACCCUAUGAGUGUCCUGAUUGUGGGAAACGUUUCAGUCACAGUUCCAGCCUGGUCAUACACCAGAGGUCUCACACAGGAGAGAAACCUUUUGAAUGUCCUAUUUGUGGAAAAGGUUUCAGUAGGUACGGCAGCCUGGUGAACCACCAAAGAACUCACACAGGAGAGAAACCCUUUGAAUGUCCUGAUUGUGGGAAAAGCUUCAGUCACAAUUCCAGCCUGGGGAAACACCAAAGGAUUCACAAAGGAGAAAAACCGUAUCAAUGCCCUGAUUGUGGGAAAGGUUUCAGUCACAAUUCUAGCCUGGUGAUACACCGGAGAACUCACACAGGAGAGAAACCCUUUGAAUGUCCUGAUUGUUGGAAAAGUUUCAGUCACAAUUCCAGCCUGGUGAUACACCAGACAACUCAUAGAGGAGAGAAGCCUUUUGAAUGUCCUGAUUGUGCAAAAAGUUUCAGCCACAAUUCCAGCCUGCUGAAACAUCAGACAACUCACAAAGAAGACAAACCCUUUGGAUGUCCCGAUUGUGCAAAAAGUUUCAGUCAGAAUUCUAUCCUUGUGAAACACCAAAGGAUUCACACAGGAGAAAAAUCCUUUGAAUGUGUUGAUUGUGGGAAACGUUUUAGUCUCAAUUCCAGCCUGGUAAUACACCGGAGGACUCACACAGGAGAGAAACCCUUUGAGUGUCCUGAUUGUACAAAAAGUUUCAGUCAGAAUUCCUGCCUGGUGAAACAUCAGAGGAGCCAUACAGGAGAAAAACCUUUUCAAUGUAUUGAUUGUGGAAAAUGUUUCAGUCUCAAUUCCAGCCUGGUAAUACACCAGAGGACUCACACAGGAGAGAAACCUUUUGAAUGUCCUAUUUAUUAUGACCUGGUGAUAUACCAAAGGAUGCACACAGGAGAGAAACUGCAUGACUGCCCAGAUUGUGGUAAAGGUUUUAUUCAAAAAUCCCAUCUAGUGAAUCACCAAAGGAUUCACACAGGAGAGAAACCUUAUGAGUGUCCAGAUUGUGGUAAAUGUUUCAGACAGAAAUCCCAUCUAGGGAAUCAUCUGAGGACUCACACAGGAGAGAAAUUAUUUGAAUGUUCUGAUUGUGGGAAACGUUUCAGUCACAAUUCAAGCCUGGUCAUUCACCAGAGGUCUCACACAGGAGAGAAACCUUAUGAGUGUCCAGAUUGUGGUAAAGGUUUCAGACAAAAAUCCCAUCUAGGGAAUCAUCUGAAGACUCACACAGGAGAGAAAUUAUUUGAAUGUUCUGAUUGUGGGAAACGUUUCAGUCAGAAUUCCAGCCUGGUCAUUCACCAGAGGUCUCACACAGGAGAGAAACCAUUUGAAUGUCCUAUUUGUGGGAAAAGUUUCAGUCGGUAUGGCAGCCUGGUGAACCACCAGAGGACUCACACAGGAGAGAAACCAUUUGAAUGUCCUAUUUGUGGGAAAUGUUUCAGUCGGUAUGGCAGCCUGGUGAACCACCAGAGGACUCACACAGGAGAGAAACCAUUUGAAUGUCCUAUUUGUGGGAAAAGUUUC